AUCUGUUACACACUAGUCACACAUGUGCUGUGCACUUGCUCCCAGUUGUUUAUAUCGGAACGGAUGACGAGAAUGUGCACGCAAAUUCUCUAAUUAAAGCAAACAAACUUUCUAAUUGAAAACAAGGUUAUUUAACAACGAGAUGUCGACUGAUAAGUCCUUAGAAAUAGAGACCAGUUUGCUGGUAAUAGUGCUGGAUGUCAAUCCGGUGCAGCGGAUAGUGAGGCAAGAAUCUAAGAUACUGUCCCAGUGUCUGGACUCCACAAUUGUCUUUGCCAAUGCCCAUCUCAUGCAGUCGUCGAACAACGAACUCGCGAUAAUGGCAUGCCACAGUCACAGUGCCCAGUUUCUCUACCCAUGCGAGAGUACCGCAGAGAUCAGACAAAUGGACGGUCAGUAUGAAAGGUUCACCAUGGUGGAGCGUACGGUGCGCCAGCAGUUGCAGCAGGUCAUCAGCGAGAUCACCAUGGACCUGAGCGCGGAGAGCCUCAUCUCGGGCGCGCUUAGCAGGGCGUUGUGUUACAUAGCACGACUGGAGCGUGACAGGGUCGCUGGCCAAAAACUGCAUUCCAGAAUACUGGUGAUUACCGGCAGCCACGAUUCGGCCACGCAGUACAUGAAUUACAUGAAUAUAUUCUUCACGGCACAGAGAAUGAACGUCAUUCUGGAUGUGUGUAGCCUGGAUCAGGAGUUGACGCUCUUGCAGCAAGGCUGUGACAUCACUGGCGGUAAUUAUCUGAAGAUACCGCAGCUCGCUGGUCUACUGCAGUAUUUAUUGUGGGUUUUCUUGCCAGAUCCUAACGUUCGAUCAAAAUUAGUCCUCCCCCCACCGGUGAAGGUGGACUAUAGAGCAGCCUGCUUCUGCCAUCAGGAACUCGUUGAUAUUGGAUACGUCUGUUCUAUAUGUUUAUCAAUUUUUUGUAAAUUUAGUCCAAUAUGCACAACGUGUCACACGGUGUUCAAGAUGCCAGGACCUAUAUCCAUGAAAAUGAAGAAGAGGAAGAAGAAUGUAGACAUCGUUCAUUAAUAUUAUAUAUUUCAUGUAAUUUCGCAAAUAAAAAUAGAAACAGAAAAUCAAACUUUAAACAUUUGUAAAUAGAAACGUUGUCUUAAUAAUAAAAGCAAUUAUUCUAA